ACGGCGGCAUCGUAAAGCCGGGUACCGCAGCAUGGUUUAGGCGGCCGCACACAUCCGAGAUCCCGACUGCACGCAACUGAAUGGGCACACAUGAUCCCUUGCUCUAUUGAUCCAUUGAUCAAUUUCUCUCCCUCUUUUGUUCUCUCCUCUUAUCUUGUCGUUUCCCACUCUAUCCCUCUCACCACUCUCACCAUCACCCAUCCAUCCACGUCGCCAUGGUCCGCACAGGAGGCUGCUAUUGCCAGGCAAUCCGCUACGAACUGAGCGACGACAACGCGCGCGACUUCUCCGUCUGCUACUGCGAGGGGUGCAAGUACGCCUCGUCGUCGCACACCAUGAACCUCCGCACCGAGAGCGACAAGAUCACCAUCACCAAGGGCACACCCAAGGUCUACCUCGACACCAAGACGCUCUCGGGCAAGCCGAUGGAGCGCAAGUUUUGUGGUGACUGUGGCGUCGCCCUGUGGUCUGAGCCCGCCGCGCUGCCGGGCAAGGCGUUCCUCAAGGUUGGCACCCUCGACGACAAGUCCGGCCUCAACAUCCUCGUCGAGGUGUUCUGCUCGAACGCUCUCCGUCCCUACGAGCCUAUGCCGAAGGGCAAGCACCCCCAGCUGACGCUCGGGGCGGGAUCCGCCGAGUUCGAGCAUUAGCUUGUAGUAGCAAAGGUACGGAAGCUGAGCGGGUCGUCAUGCACAACUGGUGGUGUUCCGGAUGAUGUCUCAGUUCUAUUCAGAAGCCAGGGAUCGCUUCGGCGUGGGCUCCGGUGGCGGGCGCGGCGC